AUGGGGUUAACUGAAGACCAACAAAAGCGUGUUGAUUACAUCGUACAUAAAGGAAAGUCGUUAGAGACUCAAGUAAAGAAGUUAGAAAAGACUCUAAAGGGUUCUGAUUCUUCGGAUCCUGAUCCUGUCAAAGUUAAGUUGCGGCUUGACAAUCACCUCAACCGGCCUCGUCUUCCAGAAAUAAAGAUCCCCACUUUUGAUGGGAACUCCAAAAACUGGGCCAGCUUCAAGCACAAGUUUAAGUCUCUGAUCCACAAUCGCGAAGAUCUCAGCGAUGCAAUCAAAGCUAGCCAGUUCUUCUCCUGUUUAUCGGAAAAAACUCUCGAUAAAGUAAAUGAGUUGAAUCCUAGUGCACGUGAUUAUAAAAGAGCUUGGCAAUCGCUCCUUGGAUUUUAUGAUCAGAAACGUGUCAUCGCCGUUCAACGUUUGAAUGCCAUCCUCAAUCUUUCCAAGCUUACCAGCGCUACAGCUGAUGGUCUUUCAUCGUUGGUUGGCAAAGCUUGUGAACACCUCCACAUUCUGAAUCAGCUCGAGAGCCGAAACAAAAGGCAAGAAAAUUACAUAGUGGCACGAGCGUUAUUAGAUUCUUGCUUUACUGUAAAUUUGAUCACUGAGAAAUUUGCAAAACUUUUAAACUUGCCCACUCAAAAAUGUUCAGUUAACAUUGGAGCAGUCGACAGUUUCUGCACUGUUUCAAAACAACAACUUAAAGCCAUUUUCCAGUCAAGUUACAAUAAUUCCAAACAUCAAUUAAAUUUUCUUAUUGUACCUAACAUCGCUGAUUACGUUCCUAAUGAACCGUUUUCUUGCAAUCAGUUCGAUAUUCCAAAAAACAUCAAAUUGGCUGAUCCUCAGUUUCAUCUCCCUAAAGCCAUCGACAUCUUGCUAGCCUCCAAUACCACAUUAUCUGUUCUAACUAUUGUGGCUGGAGGAGCUGAAAACCCGCUUUCUUCUACUCAAAAAUCUUGCAACAUUGUCAAACUUGACAAACUUGUCGAGAGGUUCUGGUUCAUUGAAGAUUUUGAUCAUGAACCUGUUAAAUCUUGCGACGAAGUUGCUUCCGAACAACAUGACGUUACUCACACCAAACGUGAUUCCACUGGUAGGUACAUCAUUCGUCUUCCAUUUCGGGAUAGCAAGUUCAAUCUCAGAGACUUACGUCAGCAAGCCCUGAAACGUUACUAUAGCCUUGAACGGAAAUUCGAGUCAGAUCUAUCUUUAAAGACUGAAUAUACUAAGGUCAUGGACGAGUAUAUCUCUCUCAGUCAUAUGACUCUCUGUGACGAGACCGAGGACGGACACUAUCUUCCUCAUCACGCUGUGAUAAAAGAAUCCAGCAAAACUACCAAACUCCAAGUAGUCUUCGACGCAUUAACGAAAGCAUCCACAGGUAUUUUCCUUAAUGAUACCCUCAUGAUAGGUCCCACGAUUUAG